CUUACAAGUAGAAUAUUCCCAUAGAGUUUCUUUCCUUGUGACAAAAAAAAGAUGGAAGCACUUUUAUUUAAAGUCCUUUUAUGCACAUAUCCUAACGGAUGCAGUGUGUGUUCAAAAAUCACCCUUGACAACGCCUCUAUUAUAGUAACAGGCGUGGACUGGACACAGUGUGUCGAUACAAGAGAGUACAACAUGAUCGUAAAGAACUCCGCCAACAAUGUGCUCUAUCAAAACAGUACAUCGUGCUGUAAAGGAAACAUCACAAUCUACUUUGAUGUCGAUGAAGAAACAACCAGAUAUGAUUUGACGGGGCUGGAAACCAGUGUUAUGACGUAUACUACAAGUAUAACCACCAGCUUUUUCGUCACAGGCUCCAAGAUGGCUGCUGAAGAGACAACCUCAUCGAAAACCGCUGCCAUCAAUCCCAUUGGUAUUGCUGUCAUAAUCGUCUCGUCUGUUGCAGUGAUCAUCAUUGUGGCUUUCCUCAUUUUGUCUUGUGUCACGAAAAAAUGUCAGAACGAAUAAAGUAAUAUGUGAUGUUA